AGUCCCGUCUCGUCAGCGCAAAGCCAGAGUUUAGUAGCAGCUUAGUCAGCCAGUUUAAGCAGAGCAGAGAGAGCGAUAGAGGGUGUGCGGUUCCAUCUCACGCGUGUGUGUGUGCCUGUGUGUGAAAAUUAAUUUAGAGGAAAAAAAAGAGGAAAGUUUAGUGCCGCCUUUAUUUGGAAUUAAAUCAGCAAGAGCUCGGGGGGAAAGCUGUUGCCAACAAGGAGGUGAAUUUCCGAGUUCCGACGAGGGUUUCUUGCAAGGCCCCACAGAUUCCGAUUAUUGCGCUGCCAGUCCGUGAACCGUGAAACCGGGGAAGAACGUGAAGAGAAAGGAGUGAAAGAUAUCGCGUUUUUUUUGCUCUGAUACUUAUUUCGUUCAGCUCGCCGAAAUUUGAGAGGAGCUGCGGCUGAGUUGAGUGGGGUUAAAGGAACCAGCAGGAAUAAAAAGAAGCCGGAAAGUUCAAGAGAAGGAGGAAAAGGAAUCCACAGAACCAGAACUAGCAGCAGCCCGAAGAGCAGUCGUCAAAAUGGUCAUCAAAGUUUACAUCAGCGGAAUGUCCGGAAGUAAGGAGGUGAAAAAGCGCCAGCAGCGGGUCUCGAUGAUCAUGGACAGCAAACACAUCCCGUACACCAUCAUCGACAUCACGGAGCCGGGCCAGGAGGCCGAGAAGGACUUUAUGCAGAAGAACUCGGAACACAACGGCAGCACGAUCAGCGAUCCAACCCCGCGGCAUCCGUUGCCCCCGCAGCUGUUCAACGAUUCCGAGUACUGCGGCGACUACGACGACUUUGAUCUGGCCAACGAGAUCGACAACCUGGAAGUGUUCCUGAAGCUGGAGGCACCCAAACCGGUCGAGGUGAGCCCAGCAGACGAGCAGCAGAAAAAUGGCCAGAACGAGCCGGAAGAGGGUGGUGACCAGGUGACGGCGACGGAGGAGGCCGAUGACGAGAACAAAGAAAACAAGACUGAAGAGGGAGCGAAUGAGGCAAAUUUUAGUACCACCGAUGCUGACGAGGAAAGCGAACAUGCCGAACAGCGCGAACUUCUAGAAGCGGCCGCGGCCAUGGGCAAACGGGAAGACGAGACCGAAGAAACGGCCGUUGGUGGUGCCCAAGCGGAGGAGGAGGAGGAGGAGGACGUGGAAAUUGCCGAACAGGAGGACGACGUUUCCGGCAAACUGGUGGACACGGAUGACCCCAUGCUGGCCGAACAGGAGCAGGAGGAGUAAAUCUGGUUGUGCCACAAUCGACGAAUCGAACCAAUCCCUUCUUCAUCGUUCAUUAGACAAAAUCCUAACCUUACUCAACCUAACCUCAAAGAAUUUAAACCAAAAAGAAAAACUUCGCGCGUCUUUUGAACAUAAUUUUGUCUCAGAAAUCUAUCAAACUGUAUACUAAUCACGUGGUCCUUACAUCCAUCUAGUUUUGUACUUUUCAAAGAGUUAAGAAUUGCAUCAUUUUAGGGUACGUCUAAGUUAAUCACAAGAAAUAAAAUAAAAAAAACAAGCAUUAUUAAGACCCUCUGGCUGGCGACACGAAAGAGACGACUCAAAACAACUUAAGGAAAUAUUUUGCUGAAUUGUGCAACAAGAGAGCACACACACACACGUUUUAGGUUAAGAAAAACUCCUCGGCUCUGAAGAGAAACAAAUAAAAGUGCUAUUUGCUCGUUGGUGCGAAGGAGGAAUUAGUUAUUGCCUGAAGUCUAGAAGAGAUAAAGGGAUAAGAAUUCAUCGCCACGCGUACCUUGGAUAGGAAAGUUAAUACUUUUAUUUUCUGUUGGAAGCCAGGUUUAAAUGCACUCCUUAAUUAAUGCAAAAAUGUUGUAACGAAUCAAUAAAGAUCGAGAUUUGAAGAGG